UUGGAGACAAAAUUUUGUGUGAGAAACAGUCCGAAGUUCAAUCUCUUCCCCACAUUUAGACUGCUAAUAAAACAAGCCUCUCCCCAAAUCCUUUAUUCUAGCCUUUCCCUAACAAUGGCUCUAUUAACUAAUCAAUCUUUUUAAUUUGUAAUGUUUAAACCUUUUUUAAAAAAAAAUUAAAAAAAAAAGUGAAAAUAAUAAUAAAAGAGUUUACCUGAGAAUUAGGUUCAGGAUGGCCUCAAGGAGCCUCUCCUAUACACAACUCCUAGGCCUCCUGUCCUUUAUACUCCUCUUGGUCACAACCACCACUAUGGCGGUUCGUGUUGGAGUCAUUCUUCAUAAGCCUUCUGCUCCAACUCUUCCUGUUUUCAGAGAAGCCCCGGCUUUUCGAAACGGUGAUCAAUGCGGGACUCGUGAGGCUGAUCAGAUUCAUAUCGCCAUGACUCUCGACACAAACUACCUCCGUGGCACAAUGGCUGCCGUUUUGUCUCUCCUUCAACAUUCCACUUGCCCUGAAAACCUCUCUUUUCAUUUCCUGUCCCUUCCUCAUUUCGAAAACGACCUUUUCACCAGCAUCAAAUCAACCUUUCCUUACCUAAACUUCAAGAUUUAUCAGUUUGAUCCAAACCUCGUCCGCAGCAAGAUAUCGAAAUCCAUCAGGCAAGCCCUUGAUCAGCCUCUUAACUACGCAAGAAUCUACCUCGCGGAUAUCAUCCCUAGCAGCGUUGACAGGAUCAUCUACUUAGACUCAGACCUCGUUGUGGUAGACGACAUAGAGAAGCUGUGGCAUGUGGAGAUGGAAGGUAAAGUGGUGGCUGCUCCCGAGUACUGCCACGCAAACUUCACCCAUUAUUUCACAAGAACUUUCUGGUCAGACCCGGUAUUGGUCAAAGUUCUUGAAGGAAAACGUCCGUGUUAUUUCAACACAGGGGUGAUGGUUGUGGAUGUAAACAAAUGGAGGAAAGGAAUGUAUACACAGAAGGUAGAAGAGUGGAUGACAAUUCAGAAGCAGAAGAGGAUAUACCAUUUGGGAUCAUUACCUCCGUUUCUGCUGAUAUUCGCCGGUGAUAUAAAAGCGGUUAAUCAUAGGUGGAACCAGCAUGGUCUAGGAGGUGAUAAUUUCGAAGGAAGAUGUAGAACGUUGCAUCCGGGACCGAUAAGUCUUCUUCACUGGAGUGGAAAAGGGAAGCCAUGGUUAAGACUAGAUUCAAGGAAGCCUUGUAUCGUUGAUCAUCUAUGGGCACCGUAUGAUCUGUACCGUUCAUCAAGACAUUCAUUAGAAGAGUAGAGAGGCAAAAGAAAAAAACCAUUAAACAUGGCACAUAUAGGAGAGGAGAAGAUACAAAAGAAAGCAGGGGUUUUUAGCGAUCAAAGAGAGCCAAAAAUGUUUCAUUACAAAGUGAAAAAAAGUUGUAAUGUUAAACACAUUGUUGUGCAUUUGAGCUCAGAGUGUGUUUCAUCACAAGAAGAGAUAGAUGGUAUUAUCAUCAUCAUCAUUUUUUUUUUCUCCUUUCUUCGGUUUUGUUUCCCUCUCUUUGAUUCAAACCUUUAGAAUAUUCCUCGUGUAAUAUACAUAGGUACAAACAAAAUGGAGGAUUAAAUUCAUUCUUUUUAUAAACAGAGAAUCGAAUCUAAAUUGUUUACAAAUCAUCAAAACUUUAUCACUAAAGAAAAAAGAUCCGACACAGAAACUAGCGACACUGUUUCGAAAUUCCGGUUACAGACAGUGGCUGUCUGAAAUCAAUCUACAUCAAUCCAGAACAAAACAGGAAGACAAUAAGUUUUACCAGAAUUAAGGCGAGAGACGUCACAAAUCUGCAGGAUUCUCCAACAAGCAAGCAUAAGGAACUUUUGGCCGGUAUAGUUUUGUCCGCUUCGGUCUCGGUUUAGUGGAAUUCCCGACGACAAGCUUACACCGCCGAUCAAUUUCGUGUCUUUCUUUGGGUUAGAUUCCGGUGUCUGGUAAUGGCGAAUCACUAACUAACGGAUUCUCUGAUUUGUAACUAACAUAACGCGGGAAAAAAACUAAAGGACGAGCAAACCAACCUCAGCUGAUUAUUAGAGAAAAAUAUUGAUAUACAGAAGAACCCUAGAUACCUCCGAUCCUCGAAAUCGAUUUGUAUCUUCA